UAGGCGUCUCUUAUACAUUCCCGCUACUGCUCCUCUUGCUCUGUUGUAGAGGAUUCUCAGUUUCCUAUCGGUCUCAGCAGCUUUUCACAAACUCAUCAUGGAUUCAUAGGGGAAUAAGGGAGAGGACGGAGGAUCGCUGCAGCCCAGCUGUCCCUCUGGAGACGUGCUUGAUUGAUCUCAGCAGGUUGAAAGGAUAGUGUGCGGACCACAGCAUAGAGAGAAUGGGUAAGAGGCGCUGUGUCCCCCCACUGGAGGCCAAGCUGACAUCCAGCUGCUGCAGGGUGAAGAAGCCCAAGCUGUGUGGGAGUGGCCACGGGACUCCCCCAGGCUCCAGCUCUAGCUUGGGCCCCAACCCCCAGCAUGGGGUGGAGGUGGGAGUGGGCGGAGGUGGAGGUGGAGGUGGAGGAGGAGGAGGAGGAGGAGGAGGAGGAGGAGGAGGGAGCUCCAACCUGGGGAACCAGACUCCCCCGCUGGCCCGGAUUAACCCAGGUCCGGUGGUGUUGAGCCCGCUGGUCCGCAGGAACGGAGUUGGAGGCUAUGGGCGCACCCUGGUGGUGAGUGCCGAGAUGUGUUUCUACUGCUUCGAUGUGCUGCACUGCCAUCUGCUCGGGUACCCCCAGUCCUGCCUGCCCCGCUUCACGAACGAGUCCUACCCCCUGUUUGUGACGUGGAAGACUGGCCGGGACAAGCGUCUCCGCGGCUGUAUCGGGACCUUCUCCGCUAUGAGCUUGCACUCAGGACUCAGGGAGUACACUCUAACUAGUGCCCUUAAAGACAGCCGCUUCCCUCCGAUGACCCGUGAGGAGCUACCCAAACUCUUCUGCUCCGUGUCUCUGCUCACCAACUUUGAGGACGCGGCCGACUACCUUGACUGGGAGGUGGGAGAGCAUGGAAUCCGGAUUGAGUUUGUGAACGAGAAGGGGAUGAAACGCACAGCCACAUACCUUCCUGAGGUGGCCAAGGAACAGGACUGGGACCAGAUCCAGACUAUAGACUCUCUGCUGAGGAAGGGAGGCUUCAAAGCAGCCAUAACCAACGAAUUGAGGAAAACUAUUAAACUGACACGGUACCGCAGUGAGAAGAUGACCAUCUCGUACUCGGAGUACCUUGCCUCCCGUCAGCACUGCUAUCAAAACGGGGCUCUCCACUCCUCGUCGCUCUUCAACCAUUACUCCUGACACCAGUCCACCGGCUCAGCCCCGCCCGCUGGGCACCACUGCUGCCUACGACAUCAUCGGUGCUGAUGAAGGCAAUAAUGCCUAUGACGUCAUUGGUGGUGCUGCCAGCACCUCAACUUGGUCCAGCUAUUUUUAUUACUGCACUAUAUUGUGAUGCCAGCUGGCAACUUGAGUGAGACAAAAAAAACAAAAAAAAAACUCCCACAGCAGAUCUUGCAGAAAUAGAUAUGGUACAGAGAGGCUAGCGCCUCUUCCACUCGGACGCAUGUGACCCCUACUGCUAAAUUAGAAACCUCUUGACAUCAUUUUGAUAGCCUGUAUGAGCGUCCCUGAUUUACAGUCUGCAUAUUUCCUUCAGUCUGUACCAGUGGUGUGCUGAUGAUUCAGAUUGGCUUCUUAUACCCGUGAAAUCUUACAACACUGCAGUGUAACCCUCAGUAUUUUACCCAUCGGUAACAAUCUUGAUUGGAAAUCAGUAUUCCAGUACUAUAUAAAGACUUCCCCAAAGCAAACUCAUUAAUACAAAAUGGGAAAUAUUAUCACAUUUUGUGGGAAAGCCAAGAAUCUUAAUUGCUGGUUUUAAUUUAGAAAAACAGAAACCCCCAGAGUUGUCCCUUUAUAACGCGAUCGUCAGAAGCUAUACAUAUGAAACCAUGCUGUUUGAGUUGCGCCUUAUAACCAAAAUGAAAGUGCUAGUGGGAUGGCAUUAUGGGGUAAAUGGGAGCCACCACAAUGCUGCCUGGUUCUGUGUUACAAAGAGCUGCCUUAUAAAGGGAAACUACUGGAAUAGUACAUGUGAAUAAUUUGCACUUUCUUACCUUCUGUAUGUAACACCCCACCAUUCACUAAGGAUUUACUCUAAAUUUGUUUAGUUUCUAAAUGGAUCAGAGAGUUUGCAAAACUUUAAAUAAAUAAUCCUGUGCUGAUUCAAGGACCCCAAUGUACAGCAGCUAUUUCUUGAUAGAUUUGGAACUUUGCAGACGCUGUGCUGGACUAAUACCUCGUGACCUGUCUUUCCUACGUUGCUCAUUUUAACCGAGCUCCGAACUUUUCCUCUGUACCUCCAGAACCGACCACUCUCUCUCAAUCUCUUCCCCGCUGUACCACAUUGUAAGAGACCCCUCUUUUUUGUCAACGUGUACCCUCUGUACCUCAUCAUUACUAACUCAUGUACCUCACCUCUGUACCUCAUCAUUACUGAGCUCAAGACAGCACGGUCUCCACAUUAAGCUACUUCUUUCUGUAUUAACAUAGCUGGUGCUGAAACCUGUUCAAAUCUACUGAUUCUGACUGAGUGGUUUCAUAGCAUUGCUAGUCCUCAAUGAAGCAUGGAAAGUUACUGGUCUGUUAAACUACAUUGUAAGAUGUCUAGAAUUAUAAUAUUUUGAAACAUUA